GAAGAAGAAGAAGAAGAAGAAGAAGAAGAAGAAGAAGAAGAAGAAGAAGAAGACAAUGGCAGGGAGGAGGAGGAGGAGGAGGAGGAGGAGGAGGAGGAGGAGGAGGAGGAGGAGGAGGAGGAGGAGGAGGAGGAGGAGGAGGCGGACAGUGAGGUGACAGAGGACGGGAGAGAGUGAGCGAGUGAAAGUGAGGGGAACGAACGGGCGUGCCUGAGAGAGAGAGAGAGAGAGAGA